UUAACAAUGGAGGGUUCAUCAAAACCAAGCCAAGGUUCUCAGUAUGUAAACCGACAGCUUAUUACACCAGUGAAACUACCUCAAAGAUCACAACAACCACCGAGCCAAACCCUUUUCAAAAUGAGCUCCCCUACUGAUGAUGGUGAUGAAGAAAAUCAACAUACUGACUUAGAUAUUGUAACAAGUUCAGGAGGUGGAGGAUCCAGUAGCCGUCGUCCUAGAGGAAGACCACCAGGCUCAAAAAACAAACCCAAACCGCCUAUAAUUAUUACCCGUGAUAGUCCCAAUUCUCUUCGAUCACAUAUUUUAGAAAUUACUGCUGGAGCUGAUAUCAUUGAGAGUAUGUCGAGUUAUGCUAGACGAAGAGGUCGAGGGGUUUGUGUUCUCAGUGGUAGUGGAACAGUUGUUAAUGUAACUCUGAGGCAACCAGCAACCACGUCUCCACCGGGAAGUGUUGUUACGUUGAAUGGAAGGUUUGAGAUAUUGUCUUUAACUGGUACGGUGCUUCCUCCUCCUGCACCACCUGGUUCCGGUGGAUUGACAAUAUUUCUGGCAGGUGGGCAAGGGCAGGUGGUGGGAGGUAGUGUUAUGUCACCACUGGUAGCUUCAGGAACGGUUGUUUUGAUGGCGGCGUCGUUUGCUAAUGCAACGUAUGAGAGAUUGCCGUUGGAAGAGGAAGAGGAUGAAGAAAAGGUGAAGAAGGAAUCACCUGAGAAAUCUGUUCAACCAACCGCAUCACAAUCGUCUGAUAUUACUGGAAGUGGUUGCGGCGGCGGUGGUGGAGUCUCAUUUCAAAAUUUGGGAGGGAAUUAUCAGUUUCCAACAAGUGAUCUUUUUGGAUGGGGUACUACUGGCGGUGGUGGUGGUAAGGGUCAUGGCAACGGAAAUGGUAAUGCUGUUAGACCUAACUUUUGAUGAAAGAAUACAUAUCUAGUUAAAGAUGAGAUGAAGUUUAAACAGUAGAUACUGUUUUAUGCUUUUAGUUAUUAAGCUUCAUUUUUCAUCAUACUUUUGGGGUUCAUUUUGUAUACUUGUAAUAUGAGCAAUGGAGAAGAAUUUUCUUCUUCUUUUUCUUACCGAUGAAAUUGUCAAGUACAGUAUUAGUUGUCUUCUAAUGUCUCUAUGCUUAAACUUAACUAGUACUCGGAAAACUUGAACUUAAUGUUCAACUUAGGCUUUAAUUCAGAAUCUCUGUUUCUUGUUAAAAUGGGUCUUAUUUCUGCA